UCCCCUUUUUCUUGGGUCAUAUCUCUCUCAAACAAUGAAGUCUUUUAUAUUUUCUGCUAUCGUCUGCGUUGUUGUGGCAGACAGUCGCUACGGAUCCAACGGAAAUGGUAACGGCUUCGGGGCACCUCCUCCCAGCAACGGGUAUGCGCCCCCAAGUAACACAUAUGGCACGCCCUACGGAGUAGACCCUGAGAUUGCCGCUUUGGCCGAGAACAUUCCCGGGGGCGGCGUCCCCGGCGAGGACUACCCCAUCUUGGCUUCCGUGCCCGACACCGGCUUCUCCUGCGAUGCCGUAGCGGUGCAAGGUUAUUACGCCGACACUGCAGCUGAAGCCGGCUGCCAAGUGUUCCAUAUCUGCCAGGACCGCGCUCUCAGGCGCCAACAGGACUCGUUCCUGUGCCCCAACGGUACCAUCUUCAACCAGCAGUACCUGGUAUGUGACUGGUGGUUCAACGUGGACUGUUCUCAAGCUGAGAGCUUCUAUUCCGUCAACGAACUCAUCGGAGUCGUUCCCAAUGCCGGUUAUGCCUAUGCUGCCGCCACCAAUGGCAUUUCCCUUAAUGGCAACGGAUUUGGUUCAAAUGGCAAGGGCAGGAAUGGAAACGGUAACGGAAGAAACGGCAACGGAGGCAACAACGGCAACCAAUAUGGCGCUCCAGCAGCUCCUUCCAAUUCGUACGGUUCCCCUUUCUAAGCUGAUGUCUAUUUAAUGAGCUUCGCAAUUCUAAGAAAAACUCUCAGUUAUGCUUUUAUGUUUAUCCGUUUCACUGCUACUCUGUCUUUUCUUAAAUUACAUUAUGAUUUCUUUUUAGAAAUUGCCUUUAUUUAUUUUGACUACUGGAACUUCCAGGAGAAUAUCUAAAGGCAAUCUCAUUUAAAAAUACAAUAUAUUUAUGUAUAUCUAUAUGCACUUAACAUAAAAAGUGGAUAUUGUA